CGUCCAUUAUUAUUCGGCACCUUUUCAGUUUGCUAAGUUUUUUGUUUGACUUAAGGCAAAAAAGUUACGACAAUAAUCGUUUUUGUUACUUGUGAUAAACAAACGCAACUUAGCAAAUAUUCCAAAGCCUACAAAUUAGUCUUAUUGACUCAGCGCAAUUUUCAGUUCAAGCUCAAGAAUUGUGAUUGGUUGCUCCAAAAUAUUGCAUCGCGUAGAUAUAUCCCGAUUGACUUGAUGUAAAUACAUAAAUUAAUAUGGAAGGAGAUAACAAUGAAGAAAAUUAUGAAGUGGCGCCGAAAAAAAUUAAGACCGAAUGGUCGAAAAGUUACUCUAAUAAAGCCAUGCAAAUGAUGAAAAGAAUGGGGCACAAAGCCGGUGAGGGUUUGGGGAAACAGAAUCAAGGAAGGUUGGAACCUGUAGUUCCGUAUCAACAAGAUGGAAGAAGAGGUUUCGGUUUGCAGCCGAACACUAUUCAAAUAGCUGAAGAACCAUGGGACUUUAACUGCGAAGAAAUAUAUCUACCAGAAACAGCAAAUUGGCUACCAAAUGAACACAACUUUGAGAAUACAUUUGAAAAAAUGAAAUCGUGGAUUACAUAUGGUGAUCGAAAAGACUCCAUAGAAGAGGAAACUGCAUUUUGUGAAAAAGACAUUCUUACUGGAAUGUUAGAAGCUAAAACUAUAUUUGAUCAAUUCAGCGAAAGUGAAUUGAGGAAAGCACGCUCGCGAAGCAACCCUUUUGAAACAAUAAGGAGCUCCAUUUUUCAGAAUAGAGCAGCGGUAAAAAUGGCCAAUAUUGAUUCCAUGCUAGGUUUUAUGUUUACAAAUCCCAAGGAUAAAGAAGAUAAGUCUCUGAUAGAGAGCAAUGACUUGAUGUAUUUUGCUGAUAUUUGUGCGGGACCUGGUGGCUUUUCCGAAUAUGUACUUUAUCGAAAAUCAUGGGAAGCUAAAGGAUUUGGCUUUACACUUCGAGGACCCAACGAUUUUAAGCUAGACAAAUUUUUCGCUGGUCCCCCUGAAUCUUUUGAUCCGCAUUAUGGUGUAAAAGAUGAUGGUAACAUAUAUGUUGAAGCUAAUCAAGAAUCGUUUGCAGACUACGUUUUGAAGCAUUGCGAAGUUGGCGUUCAUAUUGUCAUGGCAGACGGCGGAUUUUCAGUUGAAAGACAGGAGAAUAUUCAAGAAAUUUUGUCAAAACAACUCUAUCUGUGUCAGUGUUUAUUGGGCUUGAAAAUAUUGAGACCCAAAGGACAUUUUGUGUGCAAAUUUUUUGAUGUUUUUACCGCUUUUAGCGUCGGUCUCAUAUAUUUGAUGUACAAUUGCUUUGAGAAAAUAUCAAUUAUCAAGCCAAACAGCAGUCGUCCCGCGAAUUCGGAAAGAUAUUUGAUAUGUAAAUGGAAGAAAGAAAAUACUGUCGAAAUAUGCUCUCAUCUGAAUUUUGUUAAUAAUAUUUUAAACCAACGAACUGAUGAUAAGGAUGUGUUAGAAAUUGUUGAUUCUUUGCUAUUAAUAAAGGAUGAAAGGUUCGUAACUUAUAUUACAAACUCAAACAAUUUCAUUGGAAAGAAUCAAAUUAUUGGAUUAAAGAAAAUAAUUGCUUUCUGUCGCAACCCGCGCCUUAGAGAAGGAAGGCAGUCGGAUUUUCGGAAACGUUGCCUCGAUUUGUGGAAUUUACCCGAUAAGCUGAGACAAGCACCAGAAAACAAACCUGUCGAUAAAUUCUUAGAAGAAUUUCUUAGCGAUUGGCACAAAGAUAAAGCUUGGCUAAAUUCGUCAGCAGCAGAAUUAUUAUCUACAGAGGGGUUAUGUGAAAAAAUUGAAAGUAUUCAUGAUUGGUACUUUAUGCCUAUAGGGCGUAACGAAUCCAGUUCAACAACAUGUACUUUCUUUGUUUGCACAACAAAAGGAAAACUUUCAAGAUAUACCACCAAUAAAAAAUGGGAAUCUGUUGAAUAUAUUUUUGAAAUACCUUCGAAAUCUUUCUUUUAUGGAGAACUAGUUUAUGAAUACAGCGGAGAAGGACGCAUCCAAACGCGAGUAUGUACUUUGCAUAUCAUAGAUGCCAUUCUAUUGGGAGGCAAAGACAUCAGAAGACUUCCUCUAAAUAAGCGUGUAAGUAUGUGUGCCAAAUUCGCAAAAAGUAUAAGCAAGCCCUAUAAAGCGGGCAACACAGCGUUAAUACGCAGCAAACCUAUUUUUAAAUUUGGAGACAUAUCCCAAUUCUUUUCGCAAAUGCGCCAUUACACGUUGAAAGAUAAUUCACAACGUUAUGGAAUUGCAUUAAACGAUGUCAACACAAAAUUUUUUGUUCCUGGAGGAAUUAUGUUAUUUUGCGAAAUUUGCCACAACUUCUAUUCUAAAAUAUCGAAAUCCCAAAAUAAGCUCUAUUAUUACGACAAGGUUCAGCACAUGUCGUAUUUCAAAACCAAUAUGCCUCGAGAAAUGUUAAACACGUUACAUGCAUCUUUUCGGAACAGUUUCAUAAGACGUUUGUUAUGGAAAUGGACUAAUACAAAUCAAGUUGAAGAAAAUGGAGUAAAAGUCGACCCGAAUAUUCUGUACCGUGACGAUAUUCAAGUUUUCGUAGUCAAUAAACAUAAUAUUUAAAGUUUUAUCUUUUAUGUCGAUAUCAAAUCUAACGCUUGUUUUUUUUUGACCGCUAGAUAUAAUCAAUUUAAUACCAUUUAAUGAAAGCUUGUUGUCUACAAAAGCCUGAAUUGACUUGUACAACAACAACAAUCAAGUAAGAUAACUGUGACGUAAAAUGAGAUGAGAUAAAUCUUUCCACCUGUUUUGUUUACAGAACGCUGUGUUCUUUAUUCUGGGACGCGAUGUUUGGAUAAGUUUAAUUGCGCAGUUUUUGUUUAGUGAAAUCUACUUCUAAACGAGUAAUGUAGUGUAAUGUGGUGGUCAUAUAGUUCUAUAGACUUGAUGGAGUGAAAUUUCGGCUGAAAAGAUGAAGAAAAAACCUCCUCCAUAUUUGAAACCUGCAAAAUGAAAAUAAAAUUGCACCAAUGUUUUAAUUAUGAAAUAGGGAACCACUCCAAUAGUUGAUACUGAUUCGUCAGUUAGUGCCAUCAGGCUACUUAUUCGUUGCCUUUCUUCGUCUUGACUCUUCGUUGCUUUUUUCGACAUCCGUCAAUUGUUUCACAUAAUAUCGCUUAAACGUAGCAUAGAGAAUUCAAUAAGACUCAUAUUGGUGAAGUUAUAGCUUCAGUUAUAACUUCAGCUAGAUGUUUAGGUAAUAGCUUUUAGUUCUGUUUUAUACAUUAAACUUAGUAAUUGGAUAUGUUUGUUCAGGCUUUGAAGAUUGACGAACUCUAUUCUGCGCUCUACCUUCCAGCCCUCUUAUUUGACAUCCAUGUCGACGAAAUUGUUAACAAACAAUUGACUUCACGACGUCUGCAGUUUGUAAUUUAGGAUUAAUACGUUUAGCUGCUUACAUUCUGCUUUCCAAGCUCUUCUAUGUAAUAAAAACUGUGAACACUUUCAGUUUUCGUGUUUUUUGGUUGUUAUUCAUAAAAUACCAAAAUCAGCCUCGCCCACACAAUAGUAUUAUUAUUAUUAUAAUUGUAGACCAACGAAAUAAAUUGUUAGACAGUGAGCACUAGCAACCAGGAUAUCGGCUCUAAUUUAUAAAAGUACAUUAGAUAUUGAGCCUAAUAGCUUUAAUAAAGUAAUAU